CAGACCUUAGAAAAAGGAAGUGAAGUAAUAAUAUUGGGAGUGGGAAACCCAGCAGGUGGAAGAGGAGGUGGGCGAUGCGGAAAUGUCAACGUCAGGUGUUUAUUACUGGAGGCGAACGUUUUGUGGACGCAGAUUCUGCUAAUGUUUUAAGAAAGACCACAAAUGGUUUCGAGCCUCUGAUUAUUUAGACGUCAGGGUAGCUAGAUGCUUGUCUAUAGCAGCGGCACAGUAUCGGGCGCUAUCACUAGUUAGUGAGCUAGCUAGCGACGUGGUGUUAGUACUAAACAUAUAGCUAGUAUUUGCCGGCAGUGAUUCCCGACUGCUGAGGGGAGGCUCUGUUGACAUUAACCGAUGCGUAAUAUGGCACAAGUUAUGGCCUGGUGAGAUGGGUGGUUUGGCCAGGCUCGAUGGGAACCGUGACUAGCAGCCCGGUGACGUCACGCCGUGAACUCUGAUCGAUUUAUCAUGUUUCUGCAGCACCGUCGGCUAUGGAAAAAGACCUUUUGACAGGGUCUCUCUUAAUAGACUUGUGCAUUUUCGUCGUUGUUCGUGGUACUGCACUCGUUUCGAAACAAAUUGCGUAGGCUGUCAGUGUGACCAGAGAAGUUUUAGUUAGGUUAUUUGUGAGGAGAAAAAUAAUGGCCUUAUAUUGACGAGAGCGUGUUUUUUUUUAUCGACUCUAAGCUUUUCUGCCCACGUCGACCAAGUCAAACUUGUGGCCUGCCUGUGUAUGUUACACAGUAUGAUAGAUUCGCCCGGGUAAAUGUGACGAGCACUGCAUGUCGUCUUCGUUUCCAUAAAAAUGGAAACGACAUACUUUCGGUUUAGUUAAAGAAAAUGAACAAAGAAUCCAACAACGCAUUUUAAAACCAUUUCAUUGGCCAUGGGAAUGACACUGAGUGAGCCUUGCAUCUAUGACAAACUGUCGGAAAGUAUUGAUAUUCUGCGCCAGUCUGGAUAUCGGUAUGGCAUGUCAGAGAAGGAGAUAGAGAGGUUCAUCAAGCAGGUGCUGGAAACGAACGAGCCACGAAGGGAACCACCACAGUUCCCCAUUCUCCUGGCCACUGUCAAGUUUGUAGUUGCAGUGGGCUUCCUUCUGGUGGUGGUGUUGGCCUUCACAUAUCCACAAAGCCACCCCCAGCUGGGCUGGGCCAUCGCCGGGACCCAUAACUGGUCCUCCCCCCUCAGCCAUGUGCGCCUCCUCUCUCUGCCCAUUGCCAAGAAGUACAACCUGCAAGGGUUCCACCAGUGGUGGAGCAUAGGACACCCAAGGGCAGAGUCGGUCAACUGUUCUGGGUGUGCGGCUGUCUCCACCAUCCUGGACGUGGUGCGGUCGCUGUCUGGUCCCACAACCUUGCGCAGAGGCGUGCAGCCCAUACUGUUCAAGGGUGGGGAAGCACUGUGGCUGCAAUACCACCAGUUGGAGCUGCUCUACUCUGCACACCCAGAAGACUUCAGCAUCUUACCUGGAGAUCCCAUAAUGUCUCCCUCUCAGGGAUUCCCACCAGAGCCUGCAAACUUCACUCUGCUGUUGAGGUCUGUGCCGGGCAGCGGGCAGGAUGUGCUUCACUGGCUCUUCCCUGGAGUAGAACUCUGUCCCCUCUUGGACCUCACAGGAACAAUUCUGCAUGGUUGCCUUGUGUCCCACACUACAGAGACACAGAGCAGAGCCCUGCAGUUGCAUGGCUGGCUGUUAGUUGGAAAGGGCUUCCCUACGGCUCGACUGCUGCCUGUCCCACAGUGUCACAUGUACUGCAGCUCCUUCAGCCUGUGGCUAGGCCCCGGGGAUCUGGUUUAUGCGGACCCACGAUACUGGCAGGUGGAGCUUUUUCCUGGCAAGGGGCAGAAUAUCAUCUGUGAUGGCUCAGCCCCCUGAAAUAUGUACUGAAGAUUGGAGAGAGAAGAUGGCUGUGAGGUCACUGUAGCUCCCAUUGGCUGAGCUGGCUCUGCCUUUAAUGUAAAUGUAGAAGAAGAGGGAGAAUUUAAAAAGGGAGGGGACAGAACUCAAAGCCCUCGCCAAGCCACCCCCAUUAAUUCCUAUUGGCUGAGCUGCCACUUUGAUGUACCGAUUUAGCCAAUUCAUCACACAUUAUUUGCAUUUAAAGCCUUUGGGUGAGAGAUGGAGAGCCGGGCCUGCUGGGAACGCAAGCAGCACCUGAUCGGUGAUCAGUCUCACAUCACUGAGGCUUCUCCGAAUUGCUGUUCCAUCUUUGCUUUGCGCCAGGGGAGCAGGUGGGAGACUCAGCUGUGCGACACCUCUGACUGCCAUUCCAGGCGUGUUAAGAACACAACACGAACCCUUGUAACUGGCAUUUUUGCUGGCACCUGGUGGAAUCUGCUCCCCCUGACCUGUAGUCUGACCUCAGUCAUAGAUUAAUGCAAAUUACACUUACGAUUAAAAUCAACUGUAAUACGAUUGCACUCUCAAUGGAAAUGUGACUUGUGCAAAUGUACCAGUUGACCAAACCUUACUGGAGAAUGUAAAGUUCAACAUAGGUCUAACAAGAAGAAUAUUUGUAUUGAUGUACUUAAUUUUGCGUUUGUGACUGACAUUGGAUCAGAAUGAAAAUCAAUGCUUUGUACUUCAUAACUAUACCAAAUACUUUGGUAAACUACCAUUCCGCCUGGGGCAGACGUC